UCCUCCUGGUGCAUCCUUGAUUCUCAUUCUCCUCAGCUUCGCUCAUCCCCUCCUCUCUCCUCCUCCCCCGCAUCUUUCGCAGCCAUGGUCUACGAAGCCACCGCCUCGGCGCCCGUCAACAUUGCCGUCAUCAAGUACUGGGGCAAGCGCGACACCAAGCUCAUCCUGCCGACCAACUCGUCGCUGUCGGUUACGCUCGACCAGGACCACCUUCGCAGCACGACGACGUCGCGCGCCGACGCGAGCUUCACCAAAGACCGGCUCUGGCUUAACGGCAAGGAGGAGGUGAUCAAGGAGGGCGGCCGCCUUCACACGUGCAUCAAGGAGCUGCGCGCAUGGCGCGCCGAAGAGGAGGCCAAGCACCCCAACCUGCCGAAGAUCGCCGCGCUCAAGCUCCACAUCGCGUCGUACAACAACUUCCCGACGGCCGCGGGCCUCGCCUCGUCUGCCUCGGGCCUUGCGGCGCUCGUCGCCUCCCUCGCGGCGCUCUAUGAGCUCCCGCAGUCGCGCUCCGACCUCUCGCGGAUUGCGCGGCAGGGCUCGGGCUCCGCCUGCCGCUCGCUCUUCGGCGGCUUCGUGGCGUGGCGCGAAGGCCACGCGAAGGACGGCACGGACUCGCUGGCCGAGGAAGUCGCGCCGCGCGAGCACUGGCCGGAGCUGCAAGCGCUGAUCUGUGUCGUGUCGGACGCGAAGAAGGGCACGUCGUCCACCGCCGGCAUGCAGGCGACGGUGGAGACGUCGCCGCUGCUGCAGGAGCGGCUGCGGGUGGUGCCGAAGCGCAUGUUGGACAUCUCGCGCGCGAUCGAGGCGCGCGACUUUGACGAGUUCGCGCGCAUCACCAUGGCCGACAGCAACCAGUUCCACGCCGUGUGCCUCGACACGACGCCACCCAUCUUCUACCUCAACGACGUGAGCCGCGCGAUCAUCGCGCUCGUGCAGGAGCUGAACCGCGCGUCCGAGGCCGCGGGUAACGGCUUGCUCGCAGCGUACACUUUUGACGCGGGACCCAACGCCGUCAUUUACGCCCCCGCCGCCAACAUGCCCGCCGUCAUCGCUGCGGUCGACAAGUACUUCCCCCAGGCGAACGCGUUCGCCAACCCCUUCCAGGUUGAGAAGGCGCCGCUGCCCGCCGGCUUUGACGAGAGCGUCGUCCACGGCGGAUGGGAGAAGGGCGCCGUCAAGCAGCUCAUCCACACCCAGGUCGGCGAUGGGCCGCGCCGCCUCGAUGACGCCGAGUCGCUCCUCAACGCCGAGGGCAUCCCUAAGACGCUCGCGUAAUACCUUUUAAUCAGCCUGCUAGAUCAUGCAUAGGGUGUGGAUGG